UCCACCUGCAAGACCUACAGCAGACUCUAGCCAGACUUUUUCAACAAGCGGUUUACAAACCACACUUUUUGUUUCAUGAACUUUGCUCAACAACCCUCGCCCGCUCCGCAGCAGAAACCCCAACAACAACCUCCUCAAGGCCAGUUCAAACUCAAACAGCGCAAGCGUGAAGCUGUUCAAAAAUAUGAACCAGAAGUCUUUCGUGAGCAAUUCUUGGCACUAAUUCCAACAGAAUCUACCGAGAUUGAUCAUUAUGCUGAAGUAAUCGAGGCCAAUGAUGCUAAGCUUGAUAUCAAGCGAUACGCCGAAGCCUUUUUUGAGCUUUUUUUAACCGGUGGUCUUGUUGCCCCUGGAGGUGUUAUUGAAUUGGGCGAUCAUCCUAAUCCGUUCAGUAUCUUUGCUGCCACAACUACCGCUGAAGUCAAAGCCAGAGCUAAUAUUUUAACCAAGCUCGCCCGUCGUCUAAAGUACAUUCCACGAAAGCUGGAAGAAACUCUGUCACAUUUAUUGCAAUAUAUUCACAAGUUUGGAGAUGAUGCAGACAAGCUUGCUACCAGUGUUGGUAUCCUUACUGCCAAUGGCACUCUUCCGCUGACUGUGCUCGGAAACACUGUCAAGGAACACAUUGUCAAUGAUGGAAAAACUCUUCGAUUUUUGACUAUCGCUCUCGAAGCAUACAUUCAAGAACAGUCCAUGGACCAUCUUAUUACUGCUAUGCGCAAGUCUGGAAUGGAUGCCAAGAUGCCCGAAUUCUUCCCCGAAUCCAAACGCAAAGAUCGUGACAUGGCUGAGCACUUUGAGAAUGCCAAACUAAACAAAAUUGCGGAUUUUUUGGUCAAGCAGAAACAGGCAGUUGUCAAGGAAAUGACCCGUCAAGGACUCAAGGAUCUUUUUGCUGCCUCUCAUACUGCAGAUGCUGCAGCAUCUGCCAAGAUUGCGACGCAUAUUAAGCAACUAAUGGCUGUCAACAAAUGGAAUGAGCAAGAAACAAUGGCCAUUGUUUGGGAUGGAUUAAUGGAUUCUGUUGAUUGGAGCUCUAGAGGAGACCAAAUUGAAACACUUGCCAUCAAGACUGUUACGCUAUGGUCACCACUUCUUGUCCAGUUUUGUACCUCGCCAAAAACCGAGAUUGCUCUUUUGACCAAGAUACAAGUUUAUUUCCAUAACGAGUCGCGUCUGAUGAAGCACUACCGUGCUGUGGUUCAGAACUUGUACAAGCACGACGUUGUUUCCGAGUCUGGCAUUCUUUACUGGUUUGAAAAAGGUGUUGCACCUCAAGGAAAAACUGUUUUUCUCAAACAGAUGGAACCUUUUGUCAAUUGGCUAAAGGAGGCUGAUGAGGAUGAUAGCGAUGAAGAGUAGGAUAGACUCUACUAGCUAUACAAAUCAAAUAAACGGAUUUGUUUUUGUU